AUGACUUCCCUGACCCAGCGCAGCUCCGGGCUGGUGCAGCGCCGGACCGAGGCCUCCCGCAGCGCCGCCGCCGCCGAUAAGGAGCGGGGCGCCGGCGGCGGCCCCGAGGACGAAGGGCGCCGGGACGAGUCCGGAGACGACGAGAAGGGCGAUUCCAAGGAAACGCGGCUCACCCUCAUGGAGGAGGUGCUGCUGCUGGGCCUCAAGGACCGUGAGGGUUACACGUCGUUCUGGAAUGAUUGCAUCUCCUCUGGACUGCGAGGCUGUAUGUUAAUUGAAUUGGCAUUGCGGGGGCGUCUCCAGCUGGAGGCCUGUGGAAUGAGGCGCAAAAGUCUGCUAACAAGAAAGGUGAUUUGCAAGUCAGAUGCUCCUACAGGGGAUGUUUUGCUUGAUGAAGCUCUGAAACACAUUAAAGAGACCCAGCCUCCUGAAACAAUACAAAAUUGGAUUGAACUGCUUAGUGGUGAAACAUGGAACCCACUGAAGUUGCACUACCAGCUACGAAAUGUCCGUGAGCGGUUAGCUAAAAAUCUAGUGGAAAAAGGUGUACUGACAACAGAGAAACAGAACUUCCUUCUUUUUGACAUGACUACACACCCUCUCACCAACAACAACAUCAAACAGCGCCUCAUCAAGAAGGUUCAGGAGGCGGUUCUUGACAAGUGGGUGAACGACCCCCACCGCAUGGACAAGCGCUUGCUGGCACUUGUUUAUUUAGCCCACGCCUCGGAUGUCCUGGAGAACGCUUUUGCCCCCCUCCUAGAUGAGCAGUAUGAUUUAGCCACAAAGAGAGUGCGGCAGCUCCUGGAUUUAGACCCUGAGGUUGAAUGUAUGAAAACCAACACAAAUGAGGUUCUGUGGGCUGUUGUUGCAGCUUUCACAAAAUAGCUGCAUUCAGACUGAAGUGUUCUCUCUUCUUUCAUGUAAACCAGUUGUUUCUCUUUUAUUGACUAUUCAUGUUUUCUGUAAUUUGUACCUUCUCACAUGAUGAAUCUGCUUUUGUUUAAUGGGGAUUAUAAGUGGUGUAUUCCCUACUUCUCUGUCUGUAUACAGGAUUCUGCUGGUACAAGAGACUUUCCUGUUUAAAUCAACAGAAAAAGGGUAAACUGCCAUAUUGGCAUUCCAUUUCACAUUCAGUUUGAGUUACCUUAAAUACUUCGUUUAAUUUUCACCUCAUUGUUAUUGAAGUGGUUUGUCACCAAAGCUCGUGUUGAAGUGUCUGUCAGGACAUUUUUUACACAGAUGUUUUCAACUCUAUCUAACAAAAUUACUUAAAAAGCAGAAAUGCCAUUAAGCAGCUUUGUCAAUAGUUCCUGAAAAAUGCCCCAUAAGUUUUAAUUCUCAUGCAAGUCUCUUGUGUACUUAUAGUUUCAUUAGAAUGAUAGCUGAGUCAUAAGGCUAGUAUAGAAAGGUCCAAUUGUUUCAUAAACAGUUUUGUGAGGGGAUACAUUCCAUUAUAUUGUAUAUAUAGUUUGAAUUGUAUAUUAACAACUGCCCCAUCUUAGUAUUUUUCAAGAUCUACUUACUUGUACACCUGGUGCCCCUUAUUUGCUGUCAGCCAUUGCCAUCUGAUGCAAAGAAAGGCCUCCUGCAGAGGUCCUCUGUGAAAGCUGUUUGUUUCCAGAGUCUCUGGAGUUUGCCAUCCAGGUAUUCUCAGUCUAUGCAUUGCCUUUGAAAAUUAGUGAAUGGAAAGAGACUGCUUUCUAUCAUUGGUACGUUUUUCUUUCCCUCCACUUCUGUAUGGAAGAGACUCAUGACCAGUACAAUUCUUAAGUACAACUUUCAGUUUUGUACACAAAUUAAUGUUUGUCUCAUAAACCUUGAACUAUUUUACACUUUAAGAACAAAAAGUCAGUCUUAGCAGGUGUUGCAUGUAAAUGGUUAGCAAGUAAUGGCAGCAGUUCAGACAAUUAAUAUUUCUGUAAUGGGAUGCUCUGCUAUAUUUUAGUUUUUACAUAUACAAUUAUGCUGAUUAGCACACUAUUGUGAAGAAACCCAAAACCUAUAUAAAACUCUGGCUUUUUAAAAUUUAUUGUCUCUUUGCCACUGCUUGUUAUUUCCCAUUGGUUUCACAGUGUAAAUAUUAUGCAUUAAAAAGAUUGAGCAUUGAUUUCUAUAUUUUUUCAUCAUAACGAUGCAGAUUUAUAGUGGGGCUUACAGGUGUUUAGAAACCUUUUGGUUAAUAUUCAGAGCAAGAAUACUAGAUGGCGUAUAACUGUAGAGUUGAAAUUUAAGGGAUCCCUUAAUCUGUAUACUAGCUUUUUACCUACAGUAAAUAAACUAUGAUCUUGAAAGUGCCUGAAACAGAGUAAGCAUGUCACUUUUACUUUUUUGUUGCUAAUUAGAAAGGUUUUAUUGCCUAACUGAAAGCUUUAGUUAAUAUCCUUCUUAUUAGAAAGGGAGAAUUUAUAUUAAGUAGUUCAAACUGACUUAAUCAGUGGUGUCACUCGGAUCUGCAGGAUUCAUGGCUGGGACAGGCUGAGUUGAUUGGGGAGUGUGCAGCGGUGCCUGCCCUAGGUAGACCUCUUCAGUCCUAAGCACAGCUCUACAGCCUCAUCUGUGACUGGACUUCCAAUUUUGCACUUCAUUUUCAAUCAUUGAGAUGCUUAAGUAUUUGACUUUAAAAUACAACUUAAAUUCAUUGUACCUCUAUAACCUUUUUUAAGAAAGGUUUUUAAAAAUACAGUCCUUAACAUUUAAUGGCACACUGUUCUUUCAGUUCUUAAUGCUAUUUCUUUAGACAAAUGAAAUUAAAAGUAUAUUGUAAAAUAUUUCAAACUCUGGAUUACAAAUAAAAAGACAGUGUUCUUUCACUUGUAAGAUGCUGUGUUGAAAACUUUGAGGGGCUUGGGCAUGAACUUGGGACAUUGUCUUUUAAACAUUUCAAGCUGUGAUUGCUUUUAAGUGGAAGA